AUGGCAGCCAGUGAUGUGGCUGUAGGAAUCAUCUUCCUGUCACAGACUGUGGUUGGAGCUCUGGGCAAUUCCUCUCUUCUCCUCCAUUACCUGGUCCUUUACUUCACUGGGUGCAGGGUAAGACACACAGACUUGAUUCUUCAGCACUUGAUUGUGGCCAACUUGUUAGCUCUCCUGUGUAGAGGAGUUCCCCAGACAAUGGCAGCUUUUGGAAUGAAAGAUUUCACCAGUGAUAUUGAUUGCAAGCUGCUAUUUGCUCUUCACAAGAUGGGCAGAAACAUGUCCAUGUGGAGCACCUGCCUCCUAAGCAUCUUUCAGGCCAUUAAGAUUAAUUCUGGGAACUCCAGGUGGGUUGAGCUUCAAAUGAAAGCUCCCAGAUACAUCAUUUCCUGCAUAUACCUGAGCUGGGUCCUAUCCCUUUUUUUAAAUGUUAUAAAUUUUAUGUACAUGACUGAAAAAAGGAACAAAACCAUCACCAAUGUAAUAGACUAUGGGUACUGUUCUAGCAUCCGUCAUGACCCAACCACUAAUUCACUGUUUGCAGCAUUGCUAACCUUCCCUGAUGCUAUGUGCGUGGGGCUUAUUCUCUGGGCCAGCAGCUCCAUGGUACUUGUCCUGCACAGGCACAAGCAGAGAAUGCAGCAAGUUCAUAAGACCAGCUCCUCAAGGUGCUCCCCUGAGUCCAGAGCCACCAAAACCAUCCUCCUCCUGGUGAGCACCUUUGUCUCCUUUUACACACUUUCCUGCAUCUUUCAGGUUUGUAUGAGUGUUAUGUACACUCCUAGCUGGUUUGUGGUAAAUGCAGGUUUUAUUAUUGCUGGGUGUUUCCCAGCUGUCAGCCCCUUUCUGCUCAUGAGCCGAGACUAUAGUGUAUCUGGGCUCUUCUUUACCUGGAUACAGAAUAGAGGAACCCGUGAUAUUACGGGACAGUUGUAA